CAACAAUAAAUAAGAUAAAGCUUAGAGAAUCCUAACAAUUGCUGCAAGGUUCAACUUUCCCAGAACUUACUAAUUUCUAAAUAAAUAAUGUUCACUGCAUCUCUUGUAUGUAUUAUUUGAUUGAUGACUGUCUUAUCCACCAGUCUAAGAAUCCUCUAAUACAAAGACAGUCUCUGUUUUUAUUCAUCUCUACCCCUAACACUAGGCCUGAUGCCUGGCACAUAGUAGGUGCUCAAGAAACGUUAGUAGAAUGAAUGAAUAACUAUAGGGGCUGUUAGAUGAAACACUAUGGAGUGAAGACCUUUAUGACUUGAAUUAUCUAGACCUUUAAAAUCAUGGAGUUACAGGAAAUCUUCCGGGGUCAAAGAGUACAUAUUCAGGUUUUAUCCUUAGUUUUUGUGGCUUACUUAGAAAGUACUAAACGCCAUAUCCUAUAGGACCCAUCUCUUUAAUCACUUUCUGUUAGACUUUCAGGAUAAAUUUUUUCUCUGUAUUUAAAUGAAUACAAAAUGCUCUUAGGUCAUAUGGUAUCUUUAACAAAAGGAGUGAAAUCUAAAUUAGAAGUCUAGGGUUUUAGCAUUCUGAGCCUCGGAACUGUCAGCUUUGUGAACAGGUUAAGUUUUUCAUAACCUUCAGUCACCCGCUGAUUAUGCUUGUUCGGGGACAUUGGCACAGAAAAUGAAGGACGAUGGAUGUCCCCCUUGGCUCUGUAAGGGCCAUUGCUGUUUCCAGGGAGGAUAGAAGAUGGUUUACCCGCAUUGUCAGUGAUGGUACAAAACAGAAAAGAGAACGGAAGAAGACAGUCUCGUUUAGUAGCAUGCCAACAGAGAAGAAGAUCAGCAGUGCAAGUGAUUGCAUCAAUUCGAUGGUUGAGGGUUCAGAACUCAAAAAGGUUCGCUCCAACUCCAGGAUUUACCACAGGUAUUUUUUACUGGAUGCCGACAUGCAGAGCCUGAGGUGGGAGCCAUCUAAGAAGGAUUCUGAGAAAGCCAAGAUUGACAUUAAAUCCAUUAAGGAAGUGAGGACGGGAAAAAAUACAGACAUAUUCCGCAGCAAUGGCAUUUCUGACCAGAUAUCUGAAGACUGCGCAUUUUCAGUCAUAUACGGAGAGAAUUAUGAGUCACUUGAUUUGGUUGCCAACUCUGCAGAUGUUGCGAACAUCUGGGUUACGGGACUGCGGUACCUAAUUUCUUAUGGAAAACAUACACUUGAUAUGUUAGAAAGUAGCCAAGACAACAUGAGGACUUCUUGGGUUUCACACAUGUUUAGUGAAAUUGAUGUAGAAGACCUUGGACAUAUAACUCUGUGUAAUGCUGUGCAGUGCAUCAGAAACCUCAAUCCCGGUUUAAAAACUAGCAAAAUUGAGCUCAAGUUCAAAGAAUUGCACAAAUCCAAGGACAAAGCUGGUACUGAAGUCACAAAGGAAGAAUUUGUUGAGGUUUUCCAUGAGCUUUGUACCAGACCUGAAAUUUAUUUCCUUUUAGUUCAGUUUUCAAGCAAUAAAGAAUUUCUUGAUACCAAGGACCUUAUGAUGUUUCUUGAGGCAGAGCAGGGUGUGGCACAUAUAAAUGAGGAAAUUAGCCUUGAGAUUAUUCACAAAUAUGAGCCAUCCAAAGAAGGUAAGGAAAAGGGCUGGCUUUCCAUAGAUGGGUUCACUAACUACCUUAUGUCACCUGACUGUUAUAUAUUUGAUCCGGAACAUAAGAAGGUCUGUCAAGAUAUGAAGCAACCUUUGUCUCAUUACUUUAUAAACUCAUCUCAUAAUACAUACUUAAUAGAGGAUCAGUUCCGAGGUCCCUCUGAUAUCACGGGAUACAUCCGAGCUCUUAAAAUGGGUUGCCGGAGUGUUGAGUUAGAUGUAUGGGACGGGCCAGAUAAUGAACCUGUAAUUUACACGGGCCACACCAUGACCUCUCAGAUAGUCUUCCGCAGUGUCAUUGAUAUUAUUAACAAGUACGCAUUCUUUGCUUCAGAGUAUCCUCUUAUCUUAUGUUUAGAAAAUCACUGUUCUAUUAAACAGCAGAAGGUAAUGGUUCAGCACAUGAAGAAAAUUUUAGGAGACAAGCUCUAUACAACAUCACCCAAUGUGGAGGAAUCUUAUCUGCCAUCCCCAGAUGUCCUGAAGGGGAGGAUACUAAUUAAAGCCAAGAAGCUGUCCUCAAAUUGCUCAGGCGUAGAAGGGGAUGUUACUGAUGAAGAUGAGGGAGCAGAAAUGUCUCAGAGGAUGGGAAAGGAGAACGUGGAGCAGCCCAACAAUGUGCCUGUGAAGCGAUUUCAGCUAUGUAAAGAACUGUCUGAACUGGUGAGCAUCUGCAAGUCGGUUCAGUUCAAAGAAUUUCAGGUGUCAUUUCAGGUUCAGAAGUACUGGGAAGUGUGUUCAUUUAACGAAGUGCUUGCCAGCAAAUAUGCCAAUGAGAAUCCAGGGGACUUUGUAAAUUACAACAAACGUUUCCUUGCUAGGGUUUUCCCCAGCCCCAUGAGAAUUGACUCCAGUAACAUGAACCCUCAAGACUUUUGGAAGUGUGGUUGUCAGAUCGUAGCCAUGAACUUUCAGACCCCAGGCCUGAUGAUGGACCUGAAUAUUGGCUGGUUCAGGCAGAAUGGGAACUGCGGCUAUGUCCUUCGGCCGGCCAUCAUGAGGGAGGAAGUGUCUUUCUUCAGUGCCAACACAAAGGACUCCGUCCCUGGGGUUUCACCUCAGCUUCUUCACAUUAAAAUCAUUAGCGGGCAGAACUUUCCCAAACCCAAAGGAUCAGGUGCCAAAGGUGAUGUAGUGGAUCCUUACGUCUAUGUUGAAAUUCACGGAAUCCCUGCCGACUGUGCGGAACAAAGGACAAAAACAGUGCACCAGAAUGGGGAUGCCCCCAUUUUUGAUGAAAGCUUUGAAUUUCAGAUCAACCUCCCUGAACUGGCCAUGGUGCGCUUUGUUGUACUAGAUGAUGACUACAUUGGGGAUGAGUUCAUUGGUCAGUACACAAUCCCCUUUGAAUGUUUACAGACAGGCUACCGCCAUGUCCCCUUGCAGUCACUGACUGGAGAGGUCCUAGCACACGCUUCUUUGUUUGUCCACGUGGCCAUUACUAACCGAAGAGGAGGAGGGAAACCACAUAAAAGGGGCCUUUCUGUGAGAAAAGGGAAGAAAUCCAGGGAAUAUGCAUCUUUAAGAACAUUGUGGAUUAAAACUGUAGAUGAGGUGUUCAAGAAUGCCCAGCCCCCUAUACGGGAUGCCACAGAUCUGAGAGAGAACAUGCAGAAUGCAGUGGUGUCAUUCAAAGAGCUGUGUGGCCUCUCCUCUGUGGCCAAUCUCAUGCAGUGCAUGUUGGCGGUAUCUCCCCGCUUUCUGGGAGCUGAUAACACACCCCUCGUGGUCCUGAAUCUUAGCGAGCAGUAUCCCACGAUGGAGUUGCAGGGAAUCGUGCCUGAGGUUCUAAAGAAGAUUGUAACAACUUACGACAUGGUCUUGCUGGCUGGACUGCCCUUUCCUCAUCUUCAUUGCGCAGUUGCUACUCGUAUGGCAGGGCCGGUCCCAGCGCUGUGGAAAAGCAGAGGCUUUGAGAUGAUCCAGUCCCUCAAGGCAGUGAUUGAAAAUGCAGACGCUGUAUAUGAAAAGAUUGUACAUUGUCAGAAGGCAGCCAUGGAAUUCCAUGAACAUUUGCACAGCAUCGGCACCAAGGAAGGUUUGAAGGAACGAAAACUACAAAAAGCAGUGGAGAGCUUUACCUGGAAUAUCACCAUCCUAAAGGGACAAGCGGAUCUUUUGAAAUAUGCCAAGAACGAGACCUUGGAGAACCUGAAACAAAUCCAUUAUGCUGCUGUUUCAUGUGGGCUGAAUAAACCGGGCACAGAAAAUGCCGACGUUCAGAAGCCGCGUCGGAGCCUGGAAGUCAUACCUGAAAAAGCAAAUGAUGAAACUGGAGAUUGAAGGAAUUUUCUAGAAACCAUUAUGGAGUUUAUAACUCUAGGACCAAUUGUAGUCAAGUGGGACAUUUGCUUUGCACUCACUAAUGAAAAUAAUAUUUGGGAUUUUAAAGCACAACUGGAAUAGCUAAUUGCAGUCUCUUAAAACUGUGAAUGUAUGUAGCAAUUCUGCGUGUGAAGGCAAAUAAACUCUUUAACAAGAAAUUAUAUUCCUGGCCAAAAUAUGCUAUAUUUGUAUGCAAAGACAUCGUUAACAGUUCCAGGGUGAACCACAGACUAUUCGUUCUAGUUCCGUUGAGAAAAAAUGUUUUCCUAACUGAAAACAAUUUCUUAAGAUGGAAAUGGAUUGUAUUGUCAAAUUAGUAUUUAUUGGACAGAAACCUAAUCUACGCAUUUUACUUCUAUACGAUUGCCAGAGUCUCUGGGUUAUAGAUGAUUUUGGUGGCGUGCCUGCUGAGCCAUAAUUACUAGGGAGAAUGUAAGUGGACAGAUGCUCCGAGUCCCCAGGGGCCUUGGAGAGCCGUCGGGUACAAGGACUGCAGCUCCCGGCUGAAGACACACGCUGGGUAGACAUACAAUGUAAAAGCAGCCAAUCUGGAAGCAACACAUUGUAAAUAGUUUUUCAUUGUAUGAAGUAGCGUUCACAUUAAAACGAUGUUUUAUGAUA